AGAGAAUAACUCUGCCAGUAAAGACCCCGAUAAUACUUGGCGGCGGAUAAAAACCAGUGAAAGUAUGGACGCAUGAGAUCAUUCUGAUCGUUUUGCAUCCAUUUUCCUGCAGUGCACGCCGUUGAUGAUAAAAAAUAGAUUGUCUAUUUCAGGUAAAGGAAAGGGAAAACGGAAAAAAUUACUAAAAUAGGGUAAUUAAGGUUAGGGAACAAGCAGACAAAAGUUUGGAAUCUAAGAAAACGCUGAGUGGAAGUAAUUUCUAUCUUACUAAACACCGAGUACACGGAUAUAUAAUGGCAAGGAAGAUAGAGAGGUGGCCUGUGGUUCUAUCUCAAGCUUGCGAUUAUCAUCUCCAAGCCUGCUAGUGUUCUGUAAAUCCAUAUUUCCCAAAUUCCCACAUACACAAUCUAGCUGUUUUGAAAUUGUAUGGCAAUGGCGGCAACAGGGCUGCACUCUGCGCUGACAGUAGGGAAAGCGCCGACUCAUACUUCGUCUGCUUACAUUCCAAAUGCAAUGGUAAUUAGAGGAAGCAGAGGACGAAGACAUUCAAUUAGAAUUGCGAUCCGCGCAGAAGCCCCUGAUGCGACCGUGGCGGAUAGAAGUGGAAGCAUCAUCAGCGCCCCCUCAGAAACGAAAGGUAACGACCCAAUUUAUCAGUAUCUUAAUAGGGAUUACAAGUGGGGGUUUGUGUCCGAUAUAGAAUCCGAGUCCAUACCCAAAGGGCUGUCCGAGGAUACUGUGAGGAUGAUUUCUGCUAAAAAGAAUGAGCCUCCAUGGUUGUUGCAAUUCAGGCUAAAUGCUUACAGACAGUGGCUGAAAAUGACCGAGCCUAAAUGGUCUGAUAAUACUUAUCCCCUUAUUAACUUCCAAAACUAUUGUUAUUACUCUGCGCCCAAGCAGAAAGAGCAGAAGCAGAGCCUGGAUGAGGUAGAUCCUCAGCUCCUUGAGACUUUUCAGAAACUGGGGAUCCCUCUGACUGAGCAGAAGCGACUGGCUAAUGUUGCCGUGGAUGCGGUUUUUGACAGUGUUUCCAUCGCUACAACACACAGGAAAACCCUUGAGGCUGCAGGGGUUAUUUUCUGUUCAAUCUCUGAGGCAGUCCAUCAGUACCCUGAUCUCGUUAAGAAGUAUUUGGGUAGAGUUGUACCCCCUGCCGAUAACUUUUAUGCUGCCCUCAAUUCUGCAGUUUUUAGUGAUGGGUCCUUUUGUUACAUUCCUAAGGACACUGUGUCCCCCAUGGAGAUUUCUACUUAUUUUAGGAUCAAUUCCAUGGAGACCGGUCAGUUUGAGAGGACCCUUAUCGUGGCCGAUGAGAGGAGUUAUGUGGGUUAUCUAGAGGGAUGCACUGCACCUUCCUACGAUACCAACCAGCUUCAUGCUGCAGUUGUGGAGCUAUAUUGUGCCGAGGGUGCUGAAAUUAAAUACUCCACUGUGCAGAAUUGGUAUGCCGGAGAUGAAAAUGGGAAGGGUGGGAUUUACAAUUUUGUAACUAAGAGGGGUUUAUGUGAUGGCAACAAGUCCAAGAUAUCCUGGACCCAAGUCGAGACGGGUUCUGCAAUCACUUGGAAGUAUCCCAGUGUGAUUUUGAAAGGAGAUGAUAGCAUUGGAGAAUUCUAUUCUGUGGCCCUCACAAAUAACUAUCAACAGGCAGAUACUGGGUCAAAGAUGAUUCAUGUAGGAAAGAAUUCAAGGAGCAGGAUCGUUUCGAAAGGUAUCUCUGCUGGCAAUUCAAGAAAUUGCUACAGGGGACUGGUGCAAAUACAGCCAUCUGCUCACAACUCCAGAAACUUUUCACAGUGUGAUUCUAUGCUCAUUGGUGAUGAGGCAGCUGCAAAUACCUACCCUUAUAUUCAGGUCAAAGACCCUACAGCCCGUGUUGAACAUGAAGCAAGUACAUCAAAGAUUGGGGAAGAUCAGUUAUUCUAUUUCCAGCAGAGGGGAAUUGACCCAGAGAAAGCAGUAGCAGCUAUCAUUGGUGGAUUUUGUAGGGAUGUAUUCAAUGAGCUCCCCCUUGAAUUUGCAGCUGAAGUAAAUCAACUUAUGAGCUUAAAGCUUGAAGGCAGUGUUGGUUAGGUGUUUUCAAUUUUGACUCUGUAACACUAGCCAUUCACAGAGUCUUAAUAAAUGAGGACAUUGUAUGCUUAAGCCUUAAACACUAAUGUAUGUAUAAUACUAAUAUUGGCACUUCGCAUGGAUGUAUUUAUCAGUAUCCUCUGCCUAUAAAACAAUUCUGUACAUUUUUGUAUUAAAUCUGCGAUUAUGCUCUUGAAAAUCAACCUACAUGAUGGGAUAAUUUAUGUUUU